AUGCAAGAUUUACGCGGUGAUCAACAACUGAUAUUGCUGUCAGUGUCAAACAUUGCCUGUUAUUCUUCGAUCAACUCCUACACAUGUUUAAAGUCAUCAGUUAUUUGGAGACAUGAACAAAAAUUGACUCUGAACAUUAAUAUGCGUAUUCACCUACAUAAUGAUGUAACAGACCAUCAAAAAUCAAUACUCACCGAUAGCGACUGGAAGAAACUAUGGAUGGCUGGCGGUGUCAAUCCAGACUCCAAAUUAGAUAACAAUAAUCUUGACUCGAGUGACAGUCCGAUGUUUGAAGAUAGCGAGAUGAUGGCACACAACACGACCGUCCAGUUAGGUGGAACAGCCUUUCUUAUUUGCAAAGUUUCUGGAGUGGAUAGAGUGGGUGUUAAUUGGAAUCAAAUAUCCUGGAUUCGAAGGAGAGAUUGGCAUAUAUUAUCAUCAGGAGCCCAACUUUACACAAACGAUGAGAGAUUUGCAAUACUGCAUGCGCCGGGCUCCAAUACGUGGACCCUGCAAAUAAAGUUUGUUCAGAGGAGGGAUCACGGCAUGUAUGAAUGUCAGCACACUGAGCGAUGGAAGAAAAAAACUAACUCGGUUGACGUCUGGAGGGUAAAAGAAUUGGUUAAGUGCACUUUUACACCACGAGAGCUUGCAAUUCAGAAUUUCUUUUACAGUGGUACACGAGGAAUCUAA